AUGGACAACAACGAAGAUAAAACCAAUAACUCUAACAACGCUACAGCACCGGCACCAGCAUUAGAAGAUGCACCAGAAACAAUUACCCGAGUUGCAAUCCGUAUACCUUCAUUUUGGCACGAGAAGCCCCAAAUAUGGUUUGCGCAAAUCGAGGCCCAGUUCAAAACAGCAAAUAUCUCUAAAGAUUCCUCGAAAUUCAACACCAUCAUUGGUGCAAUAGAGUCUCAAGUAUUGACUCAAGUCUCUGAUGCGGUAUUAAAUCCACCAAGCGAAAACAAAUACGAGAAUCUGAAGUCACUGAUCAUAGAACGAUUCGGAGACUCUGAACAACGUAAGAUCAAAAAACUACUCUCUGAUGUCGAUCUUGGCGAUAAGAGACCAUCUCAGCUUCUUUUAACGAACUCAAAGAGCUAG